AUGCGAAAGUUGGAAUGGGACGACAUGGGAGUGAAGGUUGAUGGUCGGCAGCUACACCAUUUGCGCUUUGCUGAUGACAUGGUACUGGUAACACCUAGCAUCAGCCAAGCGGAACGAAUGCUGACCGAAUUCGACGAAACAUGUGGAUGCAUCGGUCUUCAGCUGAAUCUACAAAAGACGAUGUUCAUGCGGAACGGAUGGGUCUCGGAUGCCCCAUUCACGCUCAACGGAACGAACAUAUCCGAAUGCACCAGCUACGUUUAUCUGGGUCGGGAACUGAACAUGAUGAACGACCUGACCCCCGAGCUGGGCAGGAGGAGACGAGCGGCUUGGGGAGCGUACAAGAGCAUCGAGGAUGUAGUGAAGAAGACCAGGAACACCCGGCUCCGUGCUCACCUCUUCAACACCACCGUACUUCCUGCUUUGACCUAUGCUUCGGAAACCUGGGCAUUUCGCAAGCAGGAAGAAAACGCGGUGAGCGUCAUUGAACGCGCAAUUGAGAGAGUGAUGCUAGGAGUAUCCCGUUUCACGCAAGUGAGGGACGGGAUUCGAAGUUCUCUCCUACGUCAGCGAUCGAAGAUUAGAACCGCCGCCGCGUUUGCCAUAGAAAGUAAAAUAAGGUGA